UGCCAAACUAAGUGCACAUAACACAUGGGGCUCGUUGACGGGAGACAUCAUGAAAUACUUCCUUGUUUAAACUCAGUAUUUUUUUUCAUCAAAAUUUCUAUUUCUGUAAGUUCUAAUCAGAAAAUAGAAUAUGACUAUAUAUAUUAAGACUAAACCAACAUUAUUAUUCCAUAAACUGAGGUUUUACUUAAGCAGCACAUAAAGCCAAACUUGAAGUACAAUCAAAAGAAUUAAGGGAGGAAUCAUAGAAAUAUUUAAGAGUAUGGUAGAUGCAGCAACCAGUAUUUAUAGGAUAUGUAUGGAGAUCUAUACAUCACCUAUUGUUGCCAGUCUAAUACUUUCCAGAAAUACACUCUUGUAGAAGUUUAGACAUUCCAGACACUAUUCUAGUUGAAGAUGGGAAAGCAUCUGAAUUAAAUGCCUGAUGGAGUAAAUAAAAGGAGAUCAACCUCAAGAGGUAGGUGAUAUUAUAUAUUAAUUAAAUGUUGGAAAGUAGUAACUUCAUUAUGUUUCUAUAUACCUGAAAAUGCC